UACCGGCUAAUCCGGUCAUAUUUGGCUGUACUUGUUUGUAACCCUCUUUGUUUUGUUCCUAACCUUUGUCUCUUUGAUUCUCUGCUUGCUGUGUCUUCGGUUCUUCUGCUUCGCUUGUUGAAGAUCCUCUCUUCAACCUUUCAUCCAUUUUAAGAUCAUCUUGAUACUAGAACGAAGACGAUGACAAAGGGCAAGGGAACAGCAAAGACUUCAAGGGAUGCUUUGAAACCAGUUGAUGAUCGAAAAGUAGGAAAGAGAAAGGCUGCUGCUAAACCUGAGAAGGUGCCAAAGACUAAGAAGGAGAAGAAGGCCAAGAAAGAUCCCAACAAACCAAAAAGACCUCCCAGCGCUUUCUUCGUCUUCCUUGAGGAUUUCAGAAAGACUUUCAAGGCAGAGAACCCUAAUGUGAAGGCUGUAUCAGCUGUUGGAAAGGCUGGAGGAGAGAAAUGGAAAUCCUUGACUAAGGCGGAAAAAGCUCCAUAUGAAGCCAAGGCUGCAAAAAGGAAAGUUGAGUAUGAAAAGCUUAUGAAUGCUUAUAAUAACAAGCCAAGUUCAGCGGACGAUGACGAGGAGGAAUCAGACAAGGACAAUUCUGAAGUUAAUAAUGAAGAUGAAGCAAGUGGAGAGGAUGACCACCAAGAUGACGAGGAAGAGGAUGACGAGGACGAAGAUGACGAUGAAGACGACGAGUGAGAUUUGUGUGCAUAACUUGAAAUAUGAUGUUUCAUUGGUGGAGGGAGGUUUUUAUGUAUUUUCUAGUAGAGCAACUCAUGGAUAUCUGUGUUGAUUAAAUAUUUAUCUCUUAUUGCUGGUAUGAUAUUUUGCCAGCCACUUGAACUUCCCUCAGUCGUUGGUUAUUGUACUUAAAUUCUCCUUUGUGCAUUGUGCCUCAAAUGUGUUGGCUAAAGUAUUAUAAAUUUCAUUUUGAUCGAUGAAUUGG